AUGCAUACUGCUACAGCUAUUGCCCUCCUUGGCGCCAGUUCGCUGGUUGCCGCCGCUCCUAGCAAGACUUUGAAGAGCGCAGCCUCGGCCUGUACUUUUACCUCUGCCGCAGCUGCCAGCGCCAGCAAGGCGUCUUGCUCCAGCAUCGUCCUCAAUGGCAUUACUGUCCCGGCUGGCCAGACACUUGACCUGACUGGAUUGAACGAUGGCACAACCGUCACCUUCGAGGGAACCACCUCUUUCGGGUACAAGGAAUGGAGCGGCCCUCUCAUUAGCGUGUCUGGCAAGGGCGUUACGGUGUCCGGUGCUUCUGGGCACGUUAUUGACGGAAACGGUGCUAAGUGGUGGGACGGCAAGGGCUCCAACGGAGGCAAGACCAAGCCCAAGUUCUUCUUCGCCCACAGCUUGACUUCAUCGACCAUCAAGGGGCUUAACGUGAAGAAUACCCCCGUCCAGGCCUUCUCUAUCAACGGCGCCACGGACCUGACCCUGCAAGAUAUCACCAUCGAUAACUCGGCUGGUGAUGUCACCAAUGGCGGGCACAACACAGAUGCCUUCGACGUUGGCUCUUCGAAUGGCGUCUACAUCUCAGGCGCAAAGGUCAAGAACCAAGAUGACUGCCUCGCUAUCAACUCGGGCACAAACAUUACGUUUACCGGAGGGUCUUGCAGCGGCGGACAUGGCCUGUCGAUCGGCUCAGUCGGCGGACGGUCAGACAACACUGUGAAGACCGUCCGGAUCGAGAACAGCUCGGUAUCGAACAGCGAUAAUGGGGUGCGCAUCAAGACAGUUUCAGGAGCGACUGGGUCGGUUUCAGACGUCCAGUACUCUGGCAUCACGCUCUCUAACAUCGCCAAAUAUGGAAUCGUGAUUGAACAAGAUUAUGAGAACGGCAGCCCUACCGGCACCCCUACCAAUGGGGUCCCAAUCACCGACCUCAAGGUUGAGAAGGUUACCGGAACUGUUGCAAGUGGAGCUACCGAUGUCUACAUCUUGUGUGCCUCUGGUGCCUGCUCAGGCUGGACCUGGUCUGGGGUCUCCAUUACAGGUGGCAAGAAGAGCACCAAGUGCUCGAACGUCCCCUCGGGUGCUUCUUGCUAG